AUUUCACCUCCCGAAUCGAUACGGAUGAGGCAUAAAGAGCCACGAUCCCGACUGCUCACACUGUCGCUGUCAUCUUCGUGGAUAUUGGACAAGGAGCAGUCUCCUGGAUUCUAAGAAUUACACGCUCAGAGGAAACCCUUCUUCCAGUCCUCACAAAUUUUGGAGCCCCUGAUUAUCUCCUUCUUCCCCCGUUCCACCGUGCACAAUGUCCGUGCUCAUGGCAACAACUGUGAUGCCUCCUGCCUGCGACUCCUUUGCCACGCUCUGUUCGGGCACAAACUGCCUCGCACCCGGCAGCAACUUCAAUGAAAUGCUGAGCCUGGUGUUGAGCAUAGUGCUCACCGUGAUGCUCGCUAUGGUCAUGUUCUCCAUGGGCUGCACCGUGGAUGCCUCAAAACUGUGGGGCCACAUCAAGAGGCCCUGGGGCAUCGUGAUCGGCUUCCUCUGCCAAUUCGGCAUCAUGCCUUUCACGGCCUUCGCCCUGUCCCUGGCCUUCAACGUGCUGCCCGUGCAGGCUAUCGUCAUCAUCAUAAUGGGCUGCUGCCCCGGAGGUUCCGGCUCCAACAUUAUCUGCUACUGGCUGGAUGGGGACAUGGACCUCAGUAUCAGCAUGACCGCUUGUUCCUCUAUCCUGGCCUUGGGGAUGAUGCCCCUGUGUCUGCUCAUUUACACCUCCGUCUGGACUUCCUCCAACACCAUCCAGAUCCCCUACGACAGCAUUGGUAUCACACUCUUGGCCCUUCUUGUCCCAAUUUCCCUGGGCAUGUAUUUUAAAAGCAGGUGGCCUCGCAUAGCAAAAAAGAUCCUCAAGGUGGGGUCCAUUGGAGGCUUUGGUCUCAUUCUUAUCAUAGCUGUGGUUGGAGGAAUUCUGUACCAGUCCUCGUGGGACAUCGAUCCCUCCCUGUGGAUCAUCGGCACAGUCUACCCCUUUAUUGGUUUCGGCCUGGGGUUCACUCUGGCCCGCAUUGCGGGUCAACCCUGGCACAGAUGUCGAACCAUUGCCUUGGAGACGGGUUUCCAGAACUCACAAUUGUGCAGCACCAUUGUCCAGCUGUCCUUCAGCCCUGCUGAACUGGAAGUCAUGUUUUCAUUCCCCCUCAUCUACAGCAUCUUCCAGCUGGUGGUCGCAGUCAUAUCUGUGGGAGGCUACCGGGCAUAUAAAAGGUGGUGCGGCUCCCGUUCAGCCGACGCAGACAGUGAGUCUCCGUCACUGGAAGUUGGUGACGCUGAACUUGCAAAAAGAAAGGACCACGCUGUGGACAACGGCGCCUUUGAGUUUGAUGGGACUGGCAACAUCGGGGAGAAGGGUAGGGACAUUGACAGGAACACCAGCCUGUGACGGUGAAACCCCUGCAUGUCACAGACUUUGGACUAUCAGUGUGAAGCAUCAACUGUGAACACACACUGCGCUCUGCAGGCAGGAGGUGUGCACUGCAGGUCCCGCUCCUCUCAACUAUGAACCGCCUCACAAGAACAGGGGUUCCCAAAUUAUUAUUUUUAUUAGCCUUAAUUUAUUCAUAUAUAUAUAUAUAUAAUUAUUUAAAAGAACUGUCAGAAAACCCUGUUGUCAAAACAACACUUAUUUGUGAUUCAGACUGAAAGUUGAUGUGGAUUACCCCAAUGUCUUUAUACAGAUAUUGUAUACUGUGCUUUUCACUGAAUGGUGGAAUAUACAACCAAAUAGAAAUAUAUAACGAAUGUGUGACAUUUAUAACAUGCGACAUGAGGCGUGCACGCCUGACAGCCAGUGUUUCACAGGUACCGGACAGAGGAUAAAACAGCAUAAUACUUCUAUGUUAAAAAGACAACAACCUUCUGUAUUCUGUAACCAUAUUCUCGGUAUCAUUCUCUAUGUGGCACAUGCAAUCAGUGGUUAUUACAGACCAGCUUUGGCAUUCUAGCCCUGUUAAAAACUUAAAGGGCCAGGAAGUGAUUUUAAACCGAGAAAACUGUUUGUAAAAAAUCACCAGAUAUGUCCUCACGGUCCACGAACUGCUGGUUCUGUGUGUGCGGCGAUAGAAAAAUAUGUGUUUUCGGCGCGACCCCUGGCUCUGUAAAUUAAAAAAUGAAGAGAAUGGUGCGGACUGCACCUCACAACACCGUGUGUGCAGUUUGUAAUAAUAAUAAAUGUGCCAGCGAAUGACGCUGCGACUCCGUGGUUCUGGCCUCGUGGUUAGCGCGUCAGUCUCACGCACAUGGAGGCUUGUGCGUUCGCGGCCCGGCCAGUGUGGUACAAUCGCCAACAGCAACAGAGGAAGAGACGAGCUUUCUCCAAAAUCACUUACUUCCCCUUUAAGUGUCCCAUGCUCUUUCAGUUUUCACCAUGUACCUCAUACUUAUAAAUAAAUACGAAUGAUGUUCUCUGAAAAGAGGACAGGGCUCAUCUCUUUGAAAUGCUCAGUUCUUCUGCGCAUAGUUUUGUGGCAUUCCGAAAUAAUGUAUGUAAGCUAGUGGUUUUUACACAUCUGUCCACACUGAAGAAUAUACACAUAAACCCGUGUGCUGUAUCUAUUUGUAUGACAUAUUCACACUUUAAACUAUGUAUUUGCCCACUGUGUUGCACAAACGUGACAAAUUCAGUGUGCAAGUGAUCACAAUUCUGCUAAUUGACUUGAGCUAUUUACAGCUUUUCUUGUUUUUUCAUGGAUGUACAGCAGCACAAAUAUUUUAGCAAACCUCUGUGCUGAAACAGUAAUGUGUGUAAUGUGUUUUCAUCCAAACACUUUUACAUUAUUGUAUAGUUUGUUGUAGUAAUUCAUGUUCUGAUACGAAUACUGGUACCAACUCAAUAAACAUAUGUGUAAAUCA